UCUCUGUGACUAAUUCAAGUAGGUCGAAAUUAAAAGCUGGAUUAACCAGACUGGACCUCCAACGAAGGUGAAGUACGUAAAUCAAUAAAAUGAAAUGUACUCAAGAGUGAAACAGGGAUGGGACCGUUCACCUAGAAAAAAUUCCGAGGAGUUCCGAAAUUAGAACGUAAACAGAAAUGGCGGCUAUGAAAAAAAAACACGGAAGUGAAACAUGACUAAAUCUGAGCUUCAAAUAAAGGAUUUCCUGGGAAAUUUAGAAAUAUCGCGCCUCAUCAGAGCAUCAGUGUUAUGCUUCAAGUAAACGUGUUGUAAUGGAGCAGUUGUACAACAAGUUUGUGGAAACAUGGAAUGCUGAAUUUCCACAAGAAGAUCCACCGUUACUUGACCUACAUGGCUGUAUUUCAACUUCAGCUGAUGGAUUCGAGUCAGUAAACAUAGCUCAUCUCGGAAAAUUUUACAAUGAAUCAAGAGAAACGUCAAAGAGGCUAAAGCGAGAGUUAAAAAAGGCUGAGCUUAUUGAAAACUUUUGGCACACUCUCAUGAAAGACUGCAAUGGGUUUGAAUCUUCCGAAUACUCACCAAGAACUAAAAGUGCAAGUAGAAAAAAACAUCCCUCAAAUACAAAUGAUUCUGAAAGAAAAUCAUCAGAUGAAGUUGGAAGAAGGAAAUAUUCUUUGUUAGAAGGUCUUGGAAAAUGUGUGGACUCCAGCUUGGAAACUUUUGUUAACAUUGGUAUGGGUGGUGAUGUUAUUGAUGUAACUGAUAAUCAUGAAAUCCAGGUAAACGCAGCAGUAAGCGGUAAUCAAUAUCUUAUAAUGGAUAAAGAGUCAAGUGAUGGAGCUAUUGGAGAUAACCCAGUAACACAGGUAUGUGAUAAUAACAGGCGGGACUCAGGUAGCAUACCAAACAGAGAACAACACAGUUCACAUAGGCCUUACAAUGCUGCAGGACUAAACAAUGAAGGAAAUGUGUCCAGUGAUGAUGACGAUGAAGCAGAUUAUGAAAAUCAAUGUACAAGAAAAUUAACAGCGUCCACGGAAAGAACACCUUCUACAAAGCCCACCGUUCCUCCUCGUAGACCAAGAGCUGAACAUCCAGCAAGACCAAAACCUCUCACAACCCCCCGCGGUAUAAAACUCAGUCCAAGCUCAAGUCAUCAUAGCCCAAACAGAAGUAAAGGGGAACCGGUUCAAACGAAAGUAAACAGAGGAAAGCAUGAUUAUAACAUAGGGAACGUAACAACAAGGGCAUGUACACCUGAGACUAACCUAGAUGAACUGACAGGAACAAAUUCUUUUGAAAAUUCUCCCACUACUUCCUUAAGUGAAACAGCCAGCUCUGACAAGACUGUGGAGGUGCUGGACAAAGACAUGUUAAGAAAAUUCAGGCUAAGUGACGGAGGAAAGGAAAAGCGUGGAAGUGGUGAAGUGAUAUCAACAGGGUACAAACACCUCAGCAGUGAAUUAGACAAUGUUAGUAGUCCUAGCGAAAAUAUCACCGAAUCUAGUCAGAAAUUAUCUCCAGAGAAUAAUAAAGAAUCCAAAAACAGGAAACGAUUGAGGUCUAAUGACUAUGAGAAUUUCUCUGUGGACUUUCUCCUGACAAGGAGGACACCUACCAUCGACUUGGACGAUGAAGAUGAGCCUAAUAAUCGGGACUCGGACAUUUACGACAACACGGUCCCCAAUGGGACCAAAAAGUCUAGUAACUCUAGCUUCUCUAGUGCGGACUCCACUUCAAUCACUAGUCUCACUAGCGGAGAGGUGUGUGAUUCUAGCACUAAUGGCCCUGAUUCUUCUGAGAGUCAUAUCAAGAAACGAGUUGGAGAUGUCAGCACUUCUCAGAAUAACCAAAGCAUGGAUCUGGAAGAUGCAGAAAAUACUCAACAGAAAGACGAGGCUGAUGGGAAAAGUCAUGUGACCACGGAGGCCCCAGGGGCAGACUCAGAAGACACAAGUGAUACUGAAGUGCCUGAAAUGUCCAGAACUAUGAGCCUUAGUAGUUCUAGGAAGAUCAGAGACCAGAAAAUUCAUAUGAGGAAAAUUCUAGUCAAGGGAAUUCUGGAGAGCGAGAGGACCUAUUUAUCCUUACUUAAAGAUAUUACAGAGCUUAAAAGGAAGAUUCAGAACCAGAUAACCAAUUUAAAAGAGCCCCCCAUGUGUUUAAUGGAGGAUGUCACCACCAUAUUUUACCAGGUGGAGGAAAUCCAUGUUCAGCAUGGGAACUUUGUGGAGAAGCUACAGGCUAAAGUGGAUGCCUGGUCAGACACACAGAAAGUCGGAGAUACGUUUAAGGAGCUAAUUGUUUAUUUUCCUAUGUAUAUGAAAUAUGUUAACCACACCCAUGAAGCAGCAGAAUGUAUACUGAAAUGUAGCAACAAUAACGAGGAGUUCCGAAAGCUUGUCUCUUCUGUUAAACUAACCACUGGGGGCACACAUACACUGCAAGAACUUUUAUUUACACCUGUACAAAGGCUUCAAAGAAAUACUCUAGUCAUACAUGAUCUCCUGAAUUACACACCAGAAGAUCAUGAGGAUUAUAAAGUCCUGAUGAAGACCUUAGAUUUAGCUGACCACAACCUAAAGAACUUUGCCACCAAACCAGAUUCAGAAAUAGCAAAUACAGAGGACCAUCUGGUUAAGAGUGGCUUUGUUGUGGAGAUGGUUGGAAACUCCAGAAAACUUAGGUUUCUUUUCUUGUUCACUGACGUCCUUGUGUGUACCAAACACAAGCAAACGGGAAGAAAUCGUGUUAAUGUAUUUGAAGUCAAAUGGUUUCUGCCAGUGCCCCAUAUCACCAUGGAAACUAAGUUGGAUAAGGUGUUCUCCAUUAAAGAAGACACAGAGAGUAUGAAGAAGAAGAUUGUUCAUCUGAAGGCUGAGCUGAGGAAGGAGAUGAAGAUCCAUGACGACAAGGGGGAGAGGACAUCCUGGUUAUCGUCUGGUACCAGGACAAUGGAGAAAUUAAAACGGAAAAUAGAGGAACAGGAAGCUGCCUUGAUCCUUGCUUCACCCCAUCUGCCAUUACAAUUCACAAUGAAGGAGGACUCCAAAAACCACUGUAUCCUAAUGUCUACAGAUUACGAGAGAGAGGAAUGGAGGGAUGCAGUGUACGCUCAACAGAACCACCAUCAUGGUGGAUUUUACAGACAACUGAGUGGACAUGAUGUUCAGGCCAAAAUCAAUGAGAGCAAACAGCUUCCUCAAGUUAAUAAUGUUGGAAAUGUUUUGAUGAAGAAAGAUGAUGAGAUGCUGAAUGGGUCCCUAAAUGUCACGAUACAUAAGAUGGACGGCCUGGAGAGUCCGUGUGAUACCUAUGUACAGCUCCAUCUAGAUUCCUAUGGCUAUUUCUUCAUGCAAGCCAAGACUCGUCCUUGUGUGAACUCGGUUGAGCCUAACUGGGACCAGGACUUUGAGUUAGAGCUGGAGGGUUCUCAGACCCUGAGGAUCCUAUGUUACACCGUAAACAAGGAGGGGGAGGAUGAGCUCAUCGGCAGGAGUGCACUUGAGCUCAGCAGAGCUUGGCUCAGUAGCAGUUUCAAAGAACAGAAAAUCAGUAUGAACACAUUAUCUCUGAUGAUCUCGGUGAGACACACACCAGCCACUAAGACUCUCAAGAGAUCUCCGUCUAAGAUCCAGGGAGGAUUGUUUGGAACCAAGAUAGGGGUGGUCUGCAAUCGAGAACGAAAGACAAUUCCAAGUUUUGUCACUGCAUGUAUCAAGGAGGUAGAGGCCCGAGGAAUGGAAGAAGUCGGUGUUUAUAGAAUUUCUGGUGUAACCUCAGAAAUACAGAGAAUUAAGAAAGCCUUUGACAAAAAUUUAGACAGUAAAUGGGUCCCAGUGUAUCUAAGAGCGGGAUUGAAUCUCCUUGGAGACAGUGACAUUCAUGCAGUGACUGGGGUUCUCAAACUCUACUUCAGGGAGCUACCAGAACCUCUCUUUACUGAAGCCAGCUACAAACAGUUCAUAGCUACAAUAGGAUUGCAUGAUGGUGAUGCAAAAGAGAAAGUUUUUCUUCAACUUCUACAUGAUCUUCCAAACGAGAACUACUACUGCAUAGUGGCUAUAGUAGAGCAUUUAGUCAGGGUCAGUAAGUACGAGAGUAGUAAUAAAAUGUCGUUAAGUAACCUAUCCACUGUGUUCGGCCCCACCCUGCUCCACCCCGCGGUCAGCGACCACCAGAGCCCCGCCCAGCUGAUGCAGGACGCCCAGGACGUGUUCCUACAGGCUGGGGUACUAUAUUUCCUCCUACAGAUAGCAGCCAGGGGGAAGAACAUCAGGAGGUGUGAGUCCAUAGAAAUGCAUGGAGAGGAUAGGCUAGUAUAGGAAGGGCAUAUAGGGAAACGUGGAUUGGGGUAGGCUGAUGUAGAGUGGAUUUGGAUAGAAGAGAAUUUGGGAUCUGUUGGAUGGCUGGAAUGGAUAGAAAAUGGAGGAUCAUGCCAUAGUUGGGAAAUAUUACUUUCUAGUGAUAAAUGAAGAAGAAUGGACCGUGGAAGUUCUUGGAGAAAUAACAAGACUCUCUAGUUGAAGUUUGUUUGCUACUGUUGAAAAGAAAUAAAUAAUUGAAAAAGAAUAGUAAAUUUAUUUAGGUAUCUUUAAAUAAACUGCAAAAUGAAAUACUAGUAUAAACAGUUUGCAUUUGUUAAAAGUGUUACAAUUUUGUAGAGAAAACAUGAAAAAAAUGUGUAUAAUAUUUAAUUUUAGUCAGACACAUUCACUUUCAUUUUAAUAUACAUGUAAUACCAUGACAUUGAAAUAUCUUAUGUACAAAAAUCAUCAAUGUAUAGGUACCCAUAUUGGGAAUAUUUUUCAUAACAUUAUUGAUAAAACCAUUUAUGUACAUAGUUUGGAGGUAGACUUUUUCAUGUUUUAUCAAAAUUAUUUCAAACAUAACCAAGAGUUGAAGAUUUUUUUUGGUUGCAUAAUAAAGAAAACAGCAAUUUGUUUGGGGGAAAAAGAGAAACUUACCUUUCCAUUUGUCAUGAAAUCACUGCACAUUGUUUUAAAUUUUGAAUUUAUUUUUUCCUUCAUUUGUAUCAGUUGGACCAGGCAUCCACUAUAUGUUUUGUUUUUGUUAAUUUAUGAUUUUUUUUUAAAGAUUUUUGUGUUUUGAAAAAUUAAAAGACCAUAGUUUUCCUAUAAUUGCAUUUCGAAUACAUUUACAUGAUAAAAUGUAGAUGUCAAGUAGAAAUAGUUGAAUUCAUUUUGCCCAGAAUUUAACUACUGUGAUAUUAUAGAGGACCAGUUUAUCCGUCUUCAUUUAGUCAUGUCUUUGUUGAGAAACAAAACCACGUUUUUAAACAAGUAAUGCAUUACAGCUUACAAGUUAUUCAUUACAACAGUUUGAAAAUAUAUAUGUUUACUAUUUAAUUGAACAGCAUUUCCUUUUCAAUCAAACAAACAAAAAAUCACAACUUUGUUUUUUUUCUUUAUUUGGAGUAGUGCGGGUAUGUGUGUGUGUGUGUAAAAUAGGGCUAAAGUGGUUAUCCUAUAUACACUGUACUUUUUUGUGCAAUAUCAAUGUACAUUUUAACCAGUGAAAAUUUAUUUACAUGUAAUUAUAAACAAGUUCGAAUAAUGAUUUCAUUAGUUUGUACAGUCAUAAAUACAUGUACCUACCACCUAAAAGUGCUGAUUGUUAAAACUACAAGUAGGAAGAAAUACUAGUACCUAUGUAACCCAGGCCUUUUCAAUAGUGCAGUUUUUAUUAGUUUUGUUAACCUUUUGUUUCAAACUUGUUCUAAAUGUAACAUAUUAAUAAUUAUGCAAGUUUGAAAUACAUGUAUUUCAACAUUGGAAGAAAACAUUCUAUUAUAUAUGAAAUUGUGAUGGUUCAAAAAAUGAAAAUUUGGCAUCUGAAUCAUAUAUUGGUGAAUUCAGUUUAAGCAUAAUUAAUUAAAACAAGUUGUGGUAUUUAGCUGUGCAAGAUAUUAAAUUAUUAAAUAUUAACAUUUAUGAAAUAAUGUCCUAUGUCCAUGUUACAAUUUUUUUUUUGGGGGGGGGGGGGGGUUCAGACUGUGUGUAAAUGUUUUUUUUUCUUUUUUCUUUUUUGUUACAUUUUUUUUUCAUAGUAGACAGAUUUUACCAGGCUUAAUAAUAUCACAUUUUCUUAGUACAUGUAUUUGUAUUUGUUCUUUUGAUUAUACUGUAUUGAAAUGUUAAAAAAUAUUUAAUUUGUAUGUAAGAGCAGUAUGUGAAAAAAAAAAUCAGUCCAAAAGAUAUCAAUUCUUAGUUUAUCAGUUUCAAUUUCUUUUAAUUAUUGAAAAAAAAUGAAGAAAUUUUAAAAGUGUGUUGUGUAUACAGUUAUAAAUAUAGUAUUGUAUCUAAGUUCAUUAGCCCUUUAUAUUAAUUUUUUUUUGCUCUUGUGGUGUAUUUUUUUUGUUAUUCAUUUGUUAACUAUGCACAGUUUGUUAAUCUUGUAUUCAGUCAGUGUACACAGUUUUGUGCUUCUUAUUUGAUACAACACAAUACAAUGUAAUCAAAUUUCUUUGUUGUUAAGUCAGACCCAAAAUUAAUGUUUAAAAAUGAGGUGAAAAAAAAUAAAAGAUUGUAAUAUUUUGA